UAGCUGCUUGAGAAAGAGCUGCUUAAUGAGAAUCUAAUAAAACUUGUUGUGAAAACUAUUUGUGACCCCAAAAGUGUAGGCUUUAAUAUAGCUGAUGUACAAAUUAUGGAAAAUCUACCAAAUAUUUGCGUGAGACUAGUAAAAGCUUUGAUGAAAUCUCCCUAUAAUGAAUAUUUAGAGAACAGUAUCAAAGAAAUAAUAACAAUGAAAAGCAUUGAAGAGCUUUGCACUGUUGAUUUGUACAACCCAGAAGCCCGGCUGGAUCACGUUAGAUAUGUAUCCAUUCUUUCUGCCUGCAGACAGCUUCACAAGGCUGGUUUAUUGUACUGUAUUUUGCAGUCUAAGGGUGCAGAUCUACAUUUUGAAAUUGGUUCUAAGCUCAUGUUGGUAGUGUACAAAGGUAUUGCACCAGGAGAUGAAAGAAGGUCCCUUCCUUCAUUAGACAUCAGCAGUAAACAAUUAGCUGAGGGACUUCUGCAUCUGGCUUUUGCUUUUGGUGUUCGGUGCACAGAGCUGGUGAGCCUCUUGUUGAACACAUUGAUGUUAUCUGUACCAUUGUCUGGGACAGCCCAAGAAAGUCUCAUCAACUUUUCUCAUGGGGAAUAUUUCUACAGUCUCUUCUUAGAAAUCAUUAACCAAGAGUUGUUGAAAAAUCUGGAAAUUGCUGUACUUGAGCUUAUGAAAUCAGCUUUAGAUAGCCCCAAAAUGGUUAGUACAGUUUUGAAUGGCAUGUUGGAUCAAAGCUUUAAAGACCGCGCUACCUGCAAACAACAAGGAGUACAACUAGUAGCUGCUAUUUUAAAAAAUUGGGGACAUCUUGAUCACUGGUGGUCUAAAGAAUCUUCUCCUGAGAGCAAAAUGUGUGUUUUGACCCUAUUGGCUAAAGUUCUGCAGAUCGACUCUUCGAUGUCAUUUACUCAUCAUGAGGCAUUUUCCCAUGUUUUUAAUACAUACACAUGUCUACUUACCGAUCAGAAGUUGGGUCUAAAUCUCAAGAGUCAAGCAAUUAUUAUUCUGCCAUUCUUCACUAAUCUUGUGGGAGAAAGACUUGAUAGCCUUAAAAAUGCACUAGAUCAACUUGUAGCGUUUAAUUUCCCUUUGAAGUCAGAUGAAUUUCCUAAGGGAUCUUUAAAGUACAAUAACUAUGUGGACUGCAUAAAAAAAUUUUUAGAUGCCUUAGAACUAUCCCAGAAUUCUACAUUAUUGGCGCUGAUGACAGAAAUUCUUUGUAGAGACCAUAAGCAUAUAAUGGAGGAAUUAUUUGAGAUUAACUUCAAAAGAAUUUCCAAAAGGGGCAGCUGUGAAAGGCAAGUGCUGUUGUUGGAUACCGUGCAUCAGAUGUUCCAGAGCGAAACCCUUCUCUCAAAUAUAACCCGUCAAGCCUAUGUAGAUCGAUGUCUUCUCAUUCUGUUGCUUCACUGCAGCUUAGGUGCAUUGAAAGAAUUUCUGAGUAAGAUUAUCACAGAGGCCAUGGAUACCCUGAAGUCCAGGUUUACGAAGUCGAAUGAAACUGCUUUUGAAACACAGCUAAUCAAGAAAAUAAGCUAUUACAAGAUUCUAGAAGUUAUGUACUCCCGUCUAUCCAAAGAAGAUGUAUAUUCCAAAGAUUCCAGAAUUAACCAAGCUUUUCAGCAUUCCAUCCACGUAGAGGGGAAUGAACUUACAAAAACACUUAUAAAGUCCUGUUAUGAUGCCUUUACAGAAAACAUGUCGGGCGAAACACAAAUGUUGGAAAAGAGGAGACAGUUUCAUUGUGCUGCAUAUAAUUGUGCCAUUGCAGUUAUCAGCUGUGUCUUCAAUGAAAGUAAAUUCUAUCAAGGUUUUCUGUUCACUGAAAAACCAGACAAAAAUCUGCUUAUUUUUGAAAACUUGUUAGAUUUACAGCGGCAUUAUUCAUUUCCCAUAGAGAUUGAGGUUCCUCUGGAAAAGAAAAAACGGUACAUAAUUAUUAGGAAAGAAGCCAGGCAAGCAAUGAGUGGGGAUUCAGCUGAACCACACUAUUUAGCGUCUGCAUCAUAUAUGGUACAUAGCAGUUUAAGUGAAGAAAUGAGCCAAUUUGAUUUCUCAACUGGAAUUCAGAGUUUUUCAUACAACUCUGAAGAUCCUACCACUUCCGGUUCUCACUUCAGGAAAAAGGAAAUGACAGGUACUGUGGUUCCAGAUGAUGUGAUGGAAUUAGAAAUGGAUGAGCUCAAUCAGCAUGAAUGCAUGGCUUCUAUGACAACCCUAGUCCAACAUAUGCACAGAAAUAAUAUCACACCGGUAGUAGAAAAAGAUACAAAUUCACCAGAACUUCCUCCAUGGAUGAAGUUUUUGCACAGUAAACUGGGAAAUUCUACUGUACCUCUAAAUAUUCGUCUCUUUGUAGCAAAACUCAUUGUGAAUACAGAGGAAGUUUUCCAGCCUUAUGCAAAGUGGUGGCUGGGUCCUUUACUGCAGCUGGUUGUUUCUGGAGAUAAUGGAGGAGAAGGAAUACAUUACAUGGUGGUGGAGAUAGUGGUCACUCUGCUUUCAUGGACUAAUGUGGCAACUCCUAAAGGAAACAUAAAGGAUGAAAUCUUAGCAAACAGGUUGUUGGAGUUCCUAAUGAAAAAUGUGUUUCAUCAGAAAAGAGCAGUAUUUAGACAUAACCUGGAAAUAAUCAAGACAGUAAUAGAGUGCUGGAAGGACUGUCUGAGCAUACCUUACAGGAUAAUAUUUCAACAAUUUUCUGGUGGAGAUCCUAAUACAAAAGACAAUUCAGUAGGAAUUCAAUUAUUAGGAAUUGUUCUUGCUAAUAAUUUACCUCCAUAUGAUCCAAAGUGUGAAAUAGAUAAUACAAGAUAUUUCCAAGUUUUGUCUAAUAACAUGGCUCUGAUAAGAUACAAGGAAGUAUAUGCUGCUGCUGCUGAAGUACUGGGACUCAUUCUUCAGUACAUUGCUGAGAAAGAAAAUAUAUUUGAAGGUCCAAUUUAUGACAUGGUCAUAAAACAAUUAAAGCUGCAUCAGAAUACCAGAGAUGACAAAUUUAUUGUAUGCCUGAAUAAAAUCACAAAGAACUUCCCUCGUCUUGCUGAUAGAUUUAUGAAUUUUGUCUUCUUUCUGAUACCAAAACUUCAUGGAGUAAUGAAGACUCAUUGCUUGGAAGUAGUCAUGUGCCGUACGCAAGAAACGGCUGAUAUGUACUUACAGUUGAAGAGUAAGGAAUUCACACAAGUCAUGUGUCACAGAGACGAUGAAAGGCAAACAAUAUGCUUAAAUAUCGUGUACAAGAUGUUACCUAAGCUGAAACCUGCUGAAGUAUUAGAGCUACUUCCUACAAUAACAGGAUUCAUUUCUCAUCCUUCACCAUUAUGUCGGGGCCGAAUGUAUGAUGUGCUCAUGUGGAUCUAUGAUAACUACAGUGAUUCAGAAAGUCAAGCAGAUGAGGAGUCUUCACAAGUGCUGAAACUGGCAAAAGAAUUUUUACUUCAAGGACUGAUUGAUGAAAAUUCUGGAUUACAAUUAAUUGUUAGAAAUUUUUGGAGUGAUGAAACUAGGUUACCAACAAAUACACUUGAUCGCAUGUUGUCUUUACUAAGGGGUUUGUACUCUGACAAAAUUGAAACUCACUAUUUGAGUUUAGCUACAAAUUUUCUCCUUGAAAUGACGAGCAAAAGCCCAGAUUAUUCUAGAAAAAUGUUUGAAUAUCCGCUUUCAGAAUGUAAAUUUCAGGAUUUUGUAAUUGAUUCCAAUUGGCGGUAUCGAAGCACUAUUCUUACCCCUAUUUUUAUGGAGACUCAGGCUUCUCAAAGUGCCGUUAAAUAUUCCUCACAGGAAGGAUAUUUGGGUGGCCAGCUAAGAGCUACUCAGCAACAAUUUGAAUUUACGCCCACCCAGAAUAUCAGUGGAAGAAGCUCUUUCAACUGGCUAAUAGGAAAUAGUGUUGACACCUUUGCAGACUACUAUACAGUUCCUUCCACUUCUGAAUCAGUUUCUUCAUCCAUGUUGCUCAUUAACAAGCGUACAGACAGAUCUUACAAAACUGCAUUCAAACCAUUAAGUCCUAAUUUUGGGGAAAAACGAUUGGGUUUGCCAGGAGAUGAAGUAGACAGUAAAACUAAAGAUACAGAUGAACGCACAGAAAUUCUGAGACUACGGAGACGCUUCUUAAAAGAUCAAGAAAAGCUCAGUUUGAUCUAUGCAAGAAAGGGUGUUGCUGAACAGAAGCAAGAAAAGGAAAUAAAAUCCCAGCUGAAGAUAAAGCACGAUGCUCAGAUCACUUUGUACAGAAAAUACAGACAAGGAGAUCUCCCUGACAUCCAGAUUGAAUACAGCAGUCUAAUUACUCCCCUGCAGGUUGUGGCACAGAAAGAUCCCACACUGGCUAAACAACUCUUCAGCAGCUUGUUUAGUGGAAUUCUGGAACAAAUGAAAAAAUCCAAGUCUCCGGCUGAAAAAAAUAAUAUCAUCCAGCAAUUGUUGCAUGACUUCAAUCAUUUUUUAACUACAACUGUGUUGUAUUUCCCACCAUUCAUAUCUUGCAUUCUGGAGAUGACUUAUCAGCACAAAGAAUUGGUAGACCUCAAUUAUUACAAUGUAAGUACUAGCUGUUUAGCAAGUUUACAGCAACCGGUGGGCAUCCUUCUUCUUGAACAAGCUUUGGUUCACCUUUCACCUGUGGAGCAGCAGCCUCCCUCCAAAAGAAUGCGUGGAAAGACAGAACUUUCACCUGAUGUGACCAGGUGGAUUGAACUUGCUAGGCUUUAUCGAUCUGUUGGAGAUUAUGAUGUUCUCCGGGAUAUUUUUAGUGGAAAAAUUGGAACGAAGGAAAUUACCCACAAUGCUUUGUUAGCUGAAGCAAAAAGUGAUUAUGCUGAGGCAGCUAAGCUGUAUGAUAAGGCGCUCUCUGUACAAGACUGGCCUGAUGACGAGCCAACCGAAGCAGAAAAGGAUUUCUGGGAAAUCGCAUCUCUUGAAUGCUACAACCAUUUGACAGAAUGGAAAUCUCUGGAAUAUUGCUCGACUGUGAACAUUGAUAAUGGGCAACCAGCAGACCUAAAUAAAAUAUGGAGUGAUCCGUUCUUCCAGGAAGCUUAUUUACCUUACAUAAUUCGCAGCAAGUUGAAACUUCUCCUUCAUGGUGGCAGUGACCAGUCUUUAUUGACCUUUAUUGAUGAGGCUAUGAAAGUAGAAGAGAAGAAAGCUCUAAUAGAAAUGUAUUACAGCCAAGAGUUGAGUCUUCUCUACAUUUUACAGGAUGAUUUUGACAGAGCCAGAUAUUAUGUCAAAAAUGCCAUGCAAGUGUUCAUGCAGAACUACUCCAAUAUUGAUUCACUAUUGUACAAUAGCCGUAUGAUCAAACUGCAGUCAGUUCAGGCUUUAACUGAAACACAAGACUUCAUCAACUUUAUGAGUAAACCAAGUAAUUUAACUUCUCGGGUUUCUCUUAAGAGAUUUCUCAAUAUUUGGACAAGCAGAUAUCCUGAUACCAAAAUGGAUCCUAUGAACAUUUGGGAUGAUAUAAUUGCAAAUAGAUGCUUUUUCCUUGACAAAAUUCAGGAGAAAUUUUCUAGUACCCACCUAGAUGACAGCAUGGAAUUAGAUGGAGAUGCUUCUUUCAGCAUGGAAAUGGACAAUAAGAACGAAGAUACAUAUUCAGAGAUUAAAAACUGCAAGUUUGCUAUGAAAAUGAAAAUGAUAGAGUGUGCUAGGAAACAGAACAGUUUCUCAGUAGCCUUAAAGCUUCUGAAGGAUUUGCAUGGAGAUUCUAAGACCUGUGAAGAUUGGCGAGUGAAAUGGAAUCACAGCUAUUGUUGUUUUAGCCAUAGUCGCAGCCGGAGUCAAAGUAGUCCUGAACAAAUUCUUACAGUACUCAAAACAGUCCCUCUACUGGAUGAGAUUAAACUGAGCAGCAUGAGCAAUAAUCCUGUUAGUUUCCGUAACCAAAACCUCCUCUUGGGAACCACUUUUCAUAUAAUGGCAAAUGCUCUUUCCAAGGAUCCAAAUUGCCUUGACCAAAUUGAAGAAGAAAAAGCUGGAAAAGUCUUGAUGCUUUCAGAAGAAAGACCUGAUGACAUUGAAAAAGUGGUAGCAGGGCUGAACAAGAGAGCUUUUCUGUGCUUCAGUGGGGCUGUGAAAAAAGCUGAAGAAGAGCUCCAGUCCAUGUCAUUUGACCACAUAGAUACAAAUGGAAUUAUUGAUGCUUAUAUGACACUGGCUAAUUUCUGUGACAGUCAUCUCCGCAAAGAAGAAGAACAAAAUUCAGCAGAUGUAAACAUCGAGGAUUUGCAGGUGUUUCCAGCAAUUGUAGUGGAAAAAGUAAUAAAAGCUUUGAAACUAAAUUCAAAUGAAGCAAGGUUAAAAUUCCCCAGACUAUUGCAAAUUGUAGAGAAAUAUCCAGAAAGGAUUUUGGGACUCAUGGCACAAGAGAUUUCUUCAGUUCCCUGCUGGCAGUUCAUUGGUUGGAUCAGCCAGUUGAUGGCAAUGCUGGAUAAGAAUGAAGCACAUGCCGUUCAGCAUAUGGUGGAAGAAAUUGCUUCUAAUUACCCACAAGCAAUAGUGUAUCCCUUCAUGAUUAGCAGUGAAAGCUUUUCUUUCCCAGAAACUGCCAUAGGUCAUAAAAAUAAGGGGUUUGUAGAAAGAGUGAAGAGCAAGUUGUAUGAAGGAGGAGUGAUACAAGAUUUUGUCCAUUCCUUGGAACAGCUUUCUAAUCCAGCAAUGCUAUUCAAGGAUUGGAUUGAAGAUGUCCGAAAUGAGCUGGGAAAAACUAAGAAAAAUACAAGUAACAUUCAGCAAUUGUAUGAUGGGAUGUACCAAAAUCUUGGAAAUUUAGACGCUCCCGGUCUUGGGUGGUUCAGAAAGCAAUUUAUUAAAGAAUUUGGAAAGGAACUCGACAGUCAUUUUGGAAAAGGAGGUUCAAAACUGCUAGAUAUGAACGCCAGCGUCUUCAGUAAGGUUGCACUCUCUCUCUUUGCAAAGAUGAAGAAAUGUGAAAAACAACCUGGGAAUCUGAAGGAGUGCUCCCCUUGGAUGAGUGAAUUCAAACCAGAAUUCUUGAGGACUGAACUGGAAAUUCCUGGUCAGUAUGAUGGUAAAGGAAAGCCAUUGCCGGAAUAUCAUGCAAAAAUUUCUGGAUUUGAUGAGCGGAUAAAAGUAAUGCAAUCCAUCCGGAAACCAAAACGUAUAGUUAUCAGAGGCAAUGAUGAACGGGAGUAUCCCUUUCUUGUGAAAGGAGGAGAAGACCUCAGGCAAGACCAACGCAUUGAGCAACUCUUUGAAGUUAUGAAUAACAUCCUUUCACGAGAUGCUCCCUGCAGCCAAAGAAACAUGCAGAUAAAAACCUACCAAGUUAUACCAAUGACGACCAGAUUGGGACUAAUUGAAUGGCUAGAGAAUACCUAUACAUUAAAAGAGUUCCUUUUGAAAAACAUGUCUGAACAGGAAAAAAAUUGUUAUAACAGCCCCAAAGGUCCUUGUGCUGACUAUAAUGAUUGGCUGUGCAAGAUGGGGGAAAGAGAUGGAAUUGAACGUUACCUGACUAUGUUCAAAAGAGCUAGCCGAACAGAAGUAGUUAUGUCCUUCCAGCGUCGAGAAAGCCGUGUUCCUGAAGAUUUGCUAAGGAAAGCCUUUGUUAAAAUGAGUGCAACUCCAGAAGCCUUGCUGUCUCUGCGAUCCCAUUUUGCCAGCACCCAUGCACUGCUGUGCAUCAGCCACUGGAUUCUUGGCAUUGGUGAUCGACACUUAUCAAAUUUUAUGAUCAGUAUGGAGACUGGAGGCUUGGUGGGAAUAGACUUUGGACACGCAUUUGGUUCAGCAACACAGUUUCUGCAAGUUCCAGAAUUGAUGCCUUUCCGCUUGACUCGACAAUUUGUUAAUUUGAUGCUGCCAAUGAAAGAAUCUGGUCUUAUAUACAGCGUGAUGGUACAUUCUUUAAGAGCCUACCGUAUAAAUCAAGAUGUUCUUAUUAAUACUAUGGAUAUAUUUGUAAAGGAACCUUCUUUGGAUUGGAAAAAUUUUGAACUGAAACAGUUGAGAAAAGGAGGUACAUGGACUAAGGAAAUAAAUACAGAUGAAGUGAAUUGGUAUCCUCUACAAAAAGUAAAAUUUGCAAGAAGAAAGUUGGCAGGGGCUAAUCCAGCUGUGAUUACCUGUGAUGAAUUACGCCUGGGCCAUGAGAAAUCUGAGACCUUCAGGGAAUAUCUGUCUGUAGCACAAGGGAGCAAACAGUUCAACAUCCGGGCCAGAGAAUCACAGGAUGGACUUACAGAAGAAAUACAAGUGAAAUGCCUUAUUGAUCAAGCCACCGACCCAAAUAUCCUUGGCAGAACUUGGGAAGGAUGGGAACCCUGGAUGUGAAAGACAAAAUUGUGACCUAGUGUUUAAUUGAGCUGGAGAUGAAGACUAAAAGGACUGGAUAUUAUUUUUUGUAACAAAAAAGUAUUAAGCAUACAUUUCAAAUUGUCAUAUAUCAACAGAAUUUUAUAUAUUUCUUGGCAUUUCUAUAAACUGAUUUUUUAAAUUAAGUAAUAUUAGGAAAACUUGAAGCAUAAUCUCAAUGAAAGGAGAGAUAGCCCAAAUUAUUACUCAAAAAGUUAGAAAAAGAUAGUAAGAAUUAGUUACUGUAUUAAAAAUGAAUAUUUUAUAAAUCUGUGAUAUGCUGAAUUGAUUUCACAUUAGUGUCAUAUUGCCUGUUAAUGGGUAUAAGUAUGGUUGCUAAAGUGAGUAAUUUCUUUAUUUAAAUUAUUUCUUUCAUGAACAGAAAAGAUAGUUGUAAGACACAAUAUGGUUUAGCCACAUUUGAAUAGUUAUAUACAAGCAAUGAUGUAGACAGAGCACUUUGAAUACAUUUAAAUACAUACUCUUGAGUUCUGUCAUUCCUUGACGCAGAUAUUAACAAAAUUGAUCACUCAUGAAAUGUUAUUUCUAAUAUGUGUGCAGUUUUAAAAUGAAACUAAAAAUAAUAAAAUCUUUUGACAAUAAGGUCCUACCUUCCAUUAUAGAAACCAGAGUACAGAGACAAAAAGGGUACCUUUGAAAGAUACGUCACGGAGGCCCAUCUGUAAAGAAACAUGGCUUAGAAGAGUUCCUCAUGAAUAUCACGGAAGUGGCUUACUUUUACUUGUGUACCCUGUUUCAGAUAGAUAAAACAAUCUGUUUUUAGGAUGUACAAAAUUAGCAAAAUAUUUUCAAUAAAUAAUACUGAAUCUAACAAAAUGUUUACUUUUUAAAACAUGGUAUGGACUAUUUGCUGUACUGAACUUCAUGCUGUAUUUUUUUAAAAACUUACAAAUGCAAAUCCUAAACAUAAUGAUUGAGUCCAAGUUUAGUUGGCAGCAUCCAGGUGUUAUUUGAAUCUAUUUCGUUAGGGUUAAGAUUGGAAGAUAUGGAGAGACCUGGCCCAUAGAAUCAUCGCCAAGAGUCUUGACACAAUUGAAUGGAUAUCAUCAUCAUCAUCCUAUUAGGGAAGUCUCAUCUUCCAAGCUAAUGUAAAAAGUUCAUAUAAUGGGCAUUAAAAUAUGAUCUGGCUAUGCAUCCUCCAUAUUCAAGACUAAUAGAAAUGUUGGCCAGUAGUUUUUCCUUCCUCUGCGAAGGAUGGGAGAUGUCUGAUAAAAAUAUAGUGGGAAAACACAUCCAUCCCUUCCUCUCUUCUGCUUUUU